CGGAAGCCAUAUUGGCCUGUAAUGGCGGCGAUCACAUCAUUCGUGUAUCGUGAAAGUUUUGCUGAUUACGUUUGUCAAUUGAUUGAUGGUGAAAAACGCGAUAGAAUUAUUUCUCAAUAACAUUGACACAUUUAGAGAAAACUAUUAAUGAUGAUCAAUAGUUUGUGAUUAAUUUUAUUGGUUCUAAACCAAUUUUGAUUGUGUCUGAAAAAAAAGUUUACAACACGCCAAGGGAGUGUAUUCACGAAUUCAGUCCUGACAAUGGAAGAUUUAUUUUUAAUUUAGUGUUUUUAGGGGAAAAAAAAUGCAUGAACAACGUGCAUUAUAUAAACAAAUUUUAUUUCAUAUUUAAAUUUUUUUGUGCAUAAUAACUUUGCGGCCGAAAAAUGGCAACAAACGCUCAAUUUCUAACUCCCCCGCCCCCUAUUAACCUUCCAAAUAUGUCGGUACCUCCACCUCCGACACCAAAUUUAUCAGCACCACCACCAACAUUAACGACAAUCAACACAUCGGCAAAUUAUCAACAUCGUUACAAUAAUCAUCGAGAUGCAAAUCGAGGUUUCUUUAAACCCUUCAGACCCUAUCAUGCACCUAAAGUCAUAUCAGGUGGUCAAGAUGCAUUACAAGAUGAAUUUGAUGGCAAAAGACUUCGAAAAUCUGUUAUGCGAAAAACAGUCGAUUACAAUUCGGCAAUUAUCAAAUGUCUCGAGAAUCGUGUCUGGCAAAGAGAUUAUCGUGAUAGACGUGCACUUCAACCGGAUGUGAUUUAUUAUCCAGAUUUACUUCCCCCACCGAGUUAUGUAGACAAUCCGAUAAAUGCAGUUACAACAAGAUUUGUAAAAACAGCAACAAAUAAAAUGCGUUGUCCAAUUUUUUGUAUGGCCUGGACACCAGAAGGAAGACGUCUCGUUACCGGUGCAUCAAGCGGUGAAUUCACAUUAUGGAACGGUCUUACUUUUAAUUUUGAAACUAUUCUACAGGCUCAUGACAGCCCUGUGAGGACAAUGGUUUGGUCGCACAAUGAGAGCUGGAUGGUGACCGGAGAUCAUGCAGGCUAUGUCAAAUACUGGCAGAGUAACAUGAACAACGUCAAGAUGUUUCAAGCACACAAAGAAGCGAUUAGAGGACUCAGUUUCAGUCCAACGGAUCACAAAUUGGCAACAUGCAGUGACGACGGAACAGUCAGAAUCUGGGAUUUUCUUCGCUGCCACGAAGAACGAAUUCUCAGGGGUCAUGGUGCUGAUGUAAAAUGCGUUCACUGGCAUCCACAAAAAAGUCUUGUUGUCUCUGGAAGUAAAGAUAAUCAACAACCAGUGAAAUUAUGGGAUCCAAAGACGGGACAAUCAUUGGCAACAUUACACGCUCAUAAAUCAACUGUAAUGGACGUUAAAUGGAAUGAAAAUGGAAAUUGGUUAGUAACAGCAUCGCGUGAUCAUUUAUUGAAAUUGUUUGACAUCAGAAAUUUAAAUCAAGAAGUACAAACAUUUCGUGGCCACAAGAAAGAGGCUUCAAGUGUUGCUUGGCAUCCAAGUCAUGAAGGACUUUUUUGCAGUGGCGGAAGUGACGGUGCAAUUUUAUUUUGGCACGUUGGAGCUGAUAAGGAAGUUGGAGCUAUUGAACAAGCUCAUGACAGUAUUGUUUGGACACUUGCAUGGCACCCUCUUGGUCAUAUUCUCUGUUCGGGAAGUAAUGAUCAUACUUCGAAAUUUUGGACAAGAAACCGACCAGGAGAUCUUAUGAGGGAUAAAUAUAAUUUGAAUACCCUACCUGCUGGUGCAGUUGGUAUAGAUGAUCACGAAAUAGCCGAUGAAUAUGCGGUGAUACCGGGAAUGGGACCAGAGGAUAGAAUUAACGCCGAGGGUGAACCGGAAGAGAAAAACGGUGGUAUACCGGGUUUGGAUUUGGAUCACGCGAUCGAUGAGGGAAAGAAGUUUACUAAUAAAAAAGUUCCUUACAGUAAGCCAAUUCCAAGGAAUUUCCAAGCUCAAUGGAAUGAGAUGGAAGGUGAAGAUCAGGAACAAGUUGAGGCUCUUAACGCAUUUGUUAAUCAAUUAAUUGAAACAACACCUGGAGCAUUACCAUUGAAUGAAGUUCAACCAAAUGCUAUUAUUCUUUACGGGAAAAUGAUUUCUGUCGAAACUGGUAGUAAACUCGCAGAGGCAAUAUCAAAAGGUACAGACGCGAUAAAUAAACUCGUUGUUUCCGGUGAGAUUGAGGAAUUAAAGGAAAUAAUGAAUCAACAAGAGAAUACAGAAGAGGAUGAGGAUUAUUUGAACGACGAUGGGGAAAUUGAUUUCUCAAAAACUCCCGACGUUGAAUUACCACCACCUUUACCGAGUUCGAAAUUUGCCCAAAAUCCCGAAUUACUGAAAUCGCUUAAUCGAGGUGGUAAAAGAAAGUUUGAUCAAUUAAUUGGUUGGAGUGAUGCUGGAGCAAGUGAUAGAACAUCUAAAGUUCAUCAACCAGUUUUUGGUGGUUCAAUGAAUGAUGAUUCUCAAUCGAGCGACAAUUAUUUGAGAGAUGGCUACAACGAGGAAGAGGAAGACGACGAGGAAGAUUAUAGAAGAUUUAUGGAUGACGAUGAAUAUCGUUUUAAUACACCUGGAUUGGUGGGUAGAUCUGAUCUUGAUGUGAGAAAUAAAUUCAUGGAGAAAGAUUUUCGACUUAGACAUUUUAUGGACGAUAGAGAUAGAGAUUCAUUUGGUGCGGGAGAUUCGUUUAGUGAAAGAGAUGGAAAUACGGAAAAUAGAUCACGUUGGGAGAGUGAUAAAGAAAUUGGUGAAGCUAGUAAAUUUGGUAACAUGUUUGAAAAACCGCCUAACAUGUCAACAAUGCCACCUCAUUUGGGCAGUUUGCCAAAUCAUCACAAUAUGCAGAAUAUUAAUCCCAAUAUGCCACCUCCAAUGUCAAAUAUGGGACCUCAUUCUAAUAUGCCACCACAUUCGAAUAAAAGUAUGGGAAUGGAUGGACUACCGCCGCACAUGAUGCAUCCACCGCCACCUUUUGGACCCAAUGGACCACCACCGCCGCCCUUCGGACCAAACUUUCGACCUAAUGGUCCUAAUUUUGGUCCUAACUUUCGUCCAAUGGGUCCAUUUGGUACUCCGCCGUUUAGUAAUUUUGGUCCACCAAACUUUCGUGGUCCAAAUGGUCCUCCAAAUUUUGAGAGACCAGGAUUUGGACCAAAUUUCAGAGGUCCACCGCCAAGACCCGGUGGUCCAAAUUUCAAUCCAGGCUUUGGAAGCUUUGGUCCAAAUAAAAAUGGUCCAAAUAUGGGCAUAAGGGGACCAAACGACAGUGGAAUGGGUAUUAGAAACAACUUUAAUGGUCGGGGCCGAGGUCGCGAUGGAGAUGGUUCUAGAGGAAUGGGAAGGGACAAUUACUAAAAAAAAACAAUAAAAUUGAAUAAUCAAUGUGUACAAAGAAAAAAAAAUUUAAACGUUAAGUGUAUUAAGGAUGUAAAAUUUCUUUAAAAUCUUCAAAUAGAUGAACUUUUCAACAAUCAAAUUAUUAUUUGAAGAUUUAAGACUGUAAUUCGUUAUUAACAGAUUUUUUUUAAAUGUUACAAAAAAUUAUCUCUUGCAAUAGAGUAAUGUCGAAGGGGGGAAAAAAAUAACGGAAACUGUAAUAUAUUACUAUUACUAAUUUAAAUAUAAUAAAUGUCCAUCUUCAAAAAUCAGAAAAGCCUUUCUCACAUGCUGCCUUGAGAAAGAAUUGAAUUGUAUUUCUGAGAUAAGGCACUAAAAUGAAAGGAACUGUGGGUAAACCAACAUAUAUGUCAGGCACAAAAUUAUUGUGUUUGACUAAAAAAAAAAGCAGUUUACUUAUUCAUUACAAAGAAAAAAAUAAAUUCAAAUAAAAACAAA